AUGAGACGCUACAACGACCUCGCCGCCCGCGACAUCGACUCGUGCGCCCCCGGCGCCGGCGCACACACCUACACCGGCCUCCGCAUCGCGUCCAUCUUCAUCAUCAUGGCCACCUCCAUGUUCGGCGCCAUGUUCCCCGUCGUCUCCCGCAGAGUCGCAUGGAUGCGCACGCACGUCCCCUCCAUCGUCUUUCAGUUCGCAAAGUAUUUUGGCAGCGGCGUCAUCAUCGCAACCGCUUUCAUCCACCUGCUCUCACCAGCACUUACCGAGCUCCAGAAUGACUGCCUUUCCCCCGCGUGGGGCGAAUACCCCUACGCGCUUGCCAUCUGUCUCUGUAGCAUCUUCAUGAUCUUCAUCGUCGAGCUGGUCGCCUUCCGCUGGGGCACAUCCGUCCUUGCCAAGCUCGGCAUCGGGCACGAUGCGCAUGGACACGGCAUUCCCGGAGGUACACAUGCCGCGCACGGGCCCGAGAUUGCUCCCAAUGGCCCACACGCGCCCGCCUACCCCGACGCAGACUCGCUCAAGGACAUCGAGUCCCUCUCCGAGAAGCACGACCCCUCCGGUAACUUCUCCGACUCGGCCAUCGCGCAGAUCCUCGGCGUCGCCAUCCUCGAGUUUGGCGUGCUCCUCCACAGCGUUCUCAUCGGCCUGACGCUCGCAGUCGACCCGGACUUCAAGGUCCUCUUCGUCGUCAUCAUCUUCCACCAGAUGUUCGAGGGCCUCGGUGUCGGCUCGCGGCUCGCGUACAUGCAGCUCCCGCCGCAGUACAACUUCGUGCCCGUCGUCGGCGCGCUGCUCUACGGGUGCACGACGCCGAUCGGGAUCGCGGCGGGGCUCGGCGUGCGCGCGACGUACAACCCGAACACGCCCACCGCGAGCAUCGUCAGCGGCGUCAUGGACGCGUUCAGCAGCGGCAUCCUGAUCUACACCGGGCUCGUCGAGCUGAUGGCGCACGAGUUUGUGUUCAACAAGCAGAUGAUCGAGGGCUCGAAUCGCCAUCUCGCGUUCGCGCUCAUCUGCAUGAUGCUCGGCGCGGGGCUCAUGGCGCUCCUUGGCAAGUGGGCGUAG